CCUUCCCUUCCCCUCCGCUCCCUUCCCUGCCCGGGCCGGGCCCGGCGGCCUGCCCUCGGCCAUGCAGCGGCAGCUGCUGUGCCUGGGCGGCGGGGCCGGGGCCCCCGCAGCGCGCAGGGUCCGCCUGCUCCUGCGGCAGGUGCUGGCGCCGCGGCCCGGCCGCCCGGAGCUCAGGGCGCUGCACGGCUCAGGUGAUGCUGUCACUAUUGGAGAUGUGUCUUUUAAACUCAAAACACCGAAGAACCCAGAACUUGUUCCACAGAACUACAUGACAGAUUCUUUGGCCCAGUCUGUAAUACAGCAUUUAAGAUGGAUAAUGCAGAAAGAUCUUCUUGGCCAAGAUGUCUUCCUUAUUGGUCCUCCUGGGCCCCUCCGGCGAUCUAUUGCCAUGCAGUAUCUGGAACUAACAAAGCGGGAGGUUGAAUAUAUUGCGCUGUCAAGGGACACCACAGAAACAGACCUCAAACAGCGACGAGAGAUCCGAGAUGGUAGUGCUUUUUACCUCGAUCAGUGUGCAGUUCGUGCAGCCACAGAAGGCAGAAUCCUUGUGCUGGAAGGUUUGGAGAAGGCUGAGCGGAACGUCUUGCCUGUGUUAAACAAUUUGCUGGAGAACAGGGAAAUGCAGCUUGAAGACGGUCGCUUUCUCAUGGCUGCAGAACGUUAUGACAAACUUCUGCAGGAACAUACAAAAUCAGAGUUAGACGCAUGGAAGAUUGUUCGGGUUAGUGAAGAUUUUCGAGUAAUAGCCUUGGGCCUGCCAGUACCUAAAUAUUCUGGUAACCCUUUGGAUCCUCCCCUUCGCUCUAGAUUUCAAGCUAGAGAUGUUUAUCAUCUGCCCUUCAAGGACCAUCUUCAACUAUUAUAUUCAGUUGGAUCAAACAUUUCUGCAGAGAGAAUUUCUCAGCUCCUGUCUUUUGCUACAACUCUCUGCUCUCAAGAAUCUUCUACACUGGGACUUCCAGAUUUUCCUUUAGACAGCUUAUCGGCUGCAGUUCAGAUUUUGGAUUCCUUUCCUAUGAUGUCAGUCCAGCAUGUUAUUGAGCGGCUUUACCCCUAUAACAUUUUCCUUGGAAAGGAAGGCAGGACUGCAGUCAAAGAUGCACUAAAACGUUUUGAGCUUCAAGACUCAAAAAGCCAUUUGCGCCCAAGAAGGAUUACAAAAGUAGAAAGUGUACCGGGAAACAAACCCUUCAAGGCUGGUGUAACUGUCCAGAUCGGUGAAAAGGAAGUGACAUUCCAGGUUCCAGCUGGGACUGGGAUGUUAAAACAGCAUUCUCAAUCAGAUGCUUUUGUAAGGACUUCCAGCCAUGAUCAGCUGUUGGCAGAAAUGAUGCAAUCCCACAUGGUUAAAGAUAUGUGUUUAAUUGGUGGAAAAGGCUGUGGCAAAACAGUUAUCGCUAAGGAAUUUGCUGAUAUACUAGGAUACAGCAUAGAACCUAUCAUGCUGUAUCAGGACAUGACAGCCAGAGAUUUGCUACAGCAGAGGUAUACUCUUCCUAAUGGGGAUACUGCUUGGAGACCAUCGCCGCUUGUUACUGCUGCCCUGGAAGGAAAGCUUGUUAUUCUUGAUGGCAUUCAUCGAAUUAACCCUGGCACUCUAGCUGUACUUCAAAGACUAAUACAUGACAGAGAACUGACCCUCUAUGAUGGCACCAGAUUAUUAAGGGAAGAUAGGUAUCAGAACUUAAAAGAAGAAUUACAGAUCACUGAUGAGAAACUACAGGAAAGGUCCAUCUUUCCAAUACACCCCUCAUUCAGAAUAGUUGUCCUAGCAGAACCUCCUGUCAUCGGAAGUAGUACCCAGCAAUGGCUGGGUCCAGAGUUUCUGACACUGUUUCUUUUUCAUAAUGUUCGAUCUUUAAGCAAGAAUGAAGAAAUUCAAGUUAUUAAAGAAAUGAUUCCAAAUGUACCCAGUGCUGCUGUGGAGCAGUUGUUGUCAUUAACACACAAGCUUCGGGAGACAAAUGAUGCUACAGCACAGUCUCUAGCUUCAUCUUUAUCUACUCGACAACUCUUGCGAAUUUGUCGGCGACUGUCACAACAUCCAGAUGAAAGCCUUUACUAUGCUGUUAAUAAAGCCUGCCUUUCCAGGUUUUUACCAAACCUUGCCAGAUCAGCUUUACACAAAAAUCUACAGGAUUCUGGUAUUGAAUCAAGUCCAGAUAGCACAAAGAAACUAGAGGAAAAGGAUUACGCUUGUGAAAUAAACAAUGGCAUUCUGAAGAUAGGAUCUGUGACAAUGCCAGUUUAUAACCCAAGUGAGAAAAUGAAAGUGCCUGAUGUGUUGUUUUACGAAAAUGCCCAACACAUGAUGGUAAUGGAAGAUAUGCUAAAAGACUUUCUGCUGGGAGAGCAUCUUCUUUUAGUUGGUAAUCAGGGUGUUGGGAAAAACAAGAUUGUUGACAGAUUCCUUCACCUUUUAAACAGGCCCAGAGAGUAUUUACAGCUGCAUAGGGAUACAACCGUACAAAGCCUUACCCUGCAGCCUUCAGUUAAAGAUGGUCUUAUUAUAUAUGAAGAUUCACCACUGGUAAAAGCAGUGAAGUUUGGACAUAUUUUGGUAAUUGAUGAGGCGGACAAGGCACCAACGAAUGUUACCUGUAUCUUAAAAACCUUAGUAGAAAGUGGAGAAAUGGUUUUGUCAGAUGGAAGGAGAAUUGUUGCCAAUCAUGCUCAUGUAGAGGGGAGAGAAAAUGUAAUAGUAAUUCAUCCUGAUUUUAGAAUGAUAGUUCUAGCAAAUAGACCUGGAUUUCCUUUCUUGGGUAAUGACUUCUUUGGCACAUUAGGGGACAUUUUUAGUUGCCAUGCUGUUGAUAAUCCCAAGCCACAGUCUGAACUUGCUAUGCUCAGACAAUAUGGUCCUGAUGUUCCAGAGCCAAUUCUUCAGAAACUGGUAGCUGCUUUUGGAGAACUCAGGAGUUUGGCUGACCAAGGAAUUAUUAAUUAUCCCUAUUCAACUAGAGAAGUUGUGAAUAUUGUAAAGCAUUUACAGAAAUUCCCAAAUGAAGGACUGGCAAAUGUUGUUCGAAAUGUAUUUGACUUCGACUCCUACAACAAUGAAAUGCGUGAAAUUUUAAUCAGCACUUUGCACAAAUAUGGGAUACCUAUUGGAGCAAAACCGACCAAUGUACUGCUGGCCAAGGAACUGCCAUUACCAGAUCAUAAAUUUAUAGGCUACUGGAAAAUCGAUCAGCCUGGGAAUGCACAACAGAAACUGCUGUGUCCCACAGAAACUCAAAAAAUAGAUGUAAAGGGCCCUAUAUACCUAAAUAUUCAAGGAUUUCCGCUGGAACGACAUGAAUCCCGGUCCCUCAAUUUCACAGAAGAACUUGCCUUUUGGACACUGCCUUUGGGUGAAGUUAACCUUGUUUGCGACGUCACUGUAACAAAAGAAGAUGAAGCUGAAAAUGUUCUUUAUGUUGCUACAUGCAAUCCUGUUUCCUUGUACUUCAUGAAUGUUUCUAGUAAGAAUGGAUCCUUUGUGGAUUUUUAUGACCUCUUCCCAAGAACAGUUGGAAAUGUCUGGCAACCUUUUGUGACUGUGGCACCACUGGGAAAUCCACUCAAAGGUCAAGUGCUUGUACAUGAAGAACAGAGCAAUGUUGUGUUGUUGCUGGAUACAAACAACGGUGCCCUUCGCCGACUUUUGCUCUUGCCAGAUGAUCAGGAGUCUCCUAAGAGAACAUCUUGGUGGAGCAGCAAGGAAGAGACGAGCAGCUACAAGAUGUGCCGAGAGUUUUCACACAAAAACUGGCUGGUGUUCUACAAAGAAGAGGGAAACCGUCUUAUCGUACUGGAUGUAUUAGAGGGCCAAACUCAUACCAUCUCACUUCCAAUCAAUCUGAAAUCUGUCUUCCUUGUGGCUGAAGACCGGUGGCUCUUGGUGGAAAACGGAACAAAUCAGAAAUUUCUUUUAACCAAGCGUGCUCAUAUGGAGGCUGAAGACAGUGAGGUUUGCCAGCUGUAUGCAUUGAAUGAAGAGCCAGCUGACAUGGGAUUUGGCUUAACAACGGCAUCAGAACUGAGUGUGCCGCAUGCUGUUUCAAGUGACCAGCUAUCUUCAGAAAACCUCAGUGCAGCUGUUGGACAAAAGAUCAGCUCCCCCAACAGGAUUUUCUCAGAUGAACAUAAUUACGCUACUAUUGUUAUUGGUUUCCCAGACCUCUUGUCUCCCAGUGAAGUGUACAGCUGGAAAAGAAACUCUUCUCUGAGUCGCAAUGCUUCUCCUGAUUCAUUUUAUUAUGGAGCCCGAAGGAAAAGAGGAGCUGCAAAACAAACCAAUUGUGUAACUUUAUUGGCUUCUAAUCAAAUAGUCAGAAUUUUAGCACCUGGAGAUGUGCCUUUGAAAGACAUUUACCCAAAAGAUGUCACUCCUCCACAAGCUGCUGGAUACUUAGAAGUAACAGAUCUUAACUCAAAGAAAAUCAAAUACAUUGCUAUUCCGAGCUCAGGAUCUCUCUCUCCAUAUACAUCUUGGCUCUCUAAGAUCUCAGAUGCCGAUGCCCUGUUGGCACCGCUGGGCAAAGUAGGCUUGGUUAGUGUGGACAUGGGAGGUGGUGUGAGGCUUUGGGAGACAGGGCUCGACAGCCUCCAGCGCUCGCUGCAGGACUGGAGGAACAUGAUCGGACAAGAGGAUGGUCGACCUGUGCAGAUAACCAUUCAGAGGGACAGUGGUUUGGAUGUCAGUUCCCCCAAACAUGGAAAAGUGGAUCCAAACAAUAUGCCUCAUGUUGGUGGAAAUACUUGGGCUGGUGGAACAGGUGGGAGAGACACUGCUGGGUUAGGUGGCAAGGGUGGGCCAUAUCGACUGGAUGCUGGCCAUAAGGUUUACCAAAUAUCACAAGCUGAAAAGGAUGCUGUUCCUGAAGAGGUUAAGAGAGCUGCUCGGGAGAUGGGUGAAAAGGCCUUUAAACAGAGAUUGAAAGAGAUUCAGAUGAGUGAGUAUGAUGCAUCUACUUAUGAAAGAUUCUCUGGAGCAGUACGCCGUCAAGUUCAGUCACUCCGCAUCAUCUUAGACAAUCUGCAGGCCAAGGGUAAGGAAAGACAAUGGCUGAGACACCAAGCUGUUGGAGAGUUAGAUGAUGCCAAAAUCAUUGAUGGGCUGACAGGAGAAAAAGCCAUUUAUAAACGACGGGGAGAGCUCGAGCCACAACCUGGAAGCCCCCAGCAGAAACCUAAACGCUUGCGCUUGGUGGUGGAUGUCUCUGGUAGCAUGUACCGCUUUAAUGGGGUAGAUGGACGACUGGAACGCUCCAUGGAGGCUGUCUGCAUGGUCAUGGAAGCUUUUGAGAAUUAUGAGCACAAAUUCAAGUACGAUAUUGUUGGACAUUCAGGAGAUGGCUUCAACAUUGCCUUGGUUGGGAGUGACAAAGUUCCCAAGAACAAUAAGCAAAGAUUAGAGAUUCUUAAGGUCAUGCAUGCCCAUGCUCAGUUCUGCAUGAGUGGCGAUCACACCUUGGAAGGGACAGAGCAUGCCAUUCGAGAAAUCGCCAAGGAAGAGGCUGAUGAAUAUUUUGUUAUCGUCUUGAGUGACGCGAAUCUCGAGCGAUAUGGUAUUAAACCGUCAAGGUUUGCCCAGGUCCUGACCACCAACGCUCAAGUCAAUGCUUUUGCCAUAUUUAUAGGAUCCUUAGGAGACCAAGCAGAUAGGCUGCAGAGGACACUGCCAGCAGGACGGUCUUUUAUUGCCAUGGAUACCAAAGAGAUCCCCCAGAUUUUGCAGCAGAUCUUUACAUCGACCAUGCUGUCAAGUGCCUAGCCAUCACCGACGUCACGGUGCGUGAAUUCAAAGCAGAAACCCACUCCUGCUGAAGAUCAUGAACCCUGAAGCUGAGGAUAAACAGCUGCUAAUGAAAUACAAACUGUUCUCUAAUCAGCAAACCAACCCAAAUCUGCACUGCAGCUGUGCUGUACAAUUUCACCAAAAAUCCCUCAACCAACUUGACGUGUUCAAAGAAUUGCAGUGGGGCUGAGGUAAAUCUCAGGAAGGUUACAGAGCGAGUGUUCUUCCAGAGGGACAAAUAAAUAAAGGACACUGUGAUCGUUACUCUGGCUGAUGGGUUGCCAGCACCACAGCAUCAUCUCACAUGGUUUUACUGACAUGGUUCUCUGGGAUUUGAUAAUAUUAUACAAAGCAGAGCCAGACAAUCUGUUUCAGUGUUUUGUGUGCAUAUGUUUGAAUGGGUAGUUAACUCUGUCUCUAAUUUAAGCAGGUCUGCUUUUGUCAGGCAGGAAACCCUUCCUUCCUCUGCUGUUUCUUUCUUGUCCUGGUGGACAUCAGGGCUUCGCCACUGGAGGCUGGGAACAAUGGAGCAGUUUGCAAACAGUGACGGUCACACGUAAACAUUCAUUAUCUGAUCAGGCACAGUGCUCAGCAUUGUCAGAUCUGGAGAAAGUGGCAGUUAAGAAGGGGCGGGCGCGCGCGAGAGUGGUUAUUUCAGUUCUGCCUGUGAAAAGGGUCAAAACAGUCUUAAAAACCCACCAUCCAACAUUGCCCAGAGAAGCUGUGCAAGGACAAAUGAUGGAGGCCUGCUUUGCUUUUGUCCAGUCCCUAGGGUGGCCUCAGUACCUGGAGGUGCCUUUUUGAUUGAGAGACAAAAUAAGUUAUUAGCACCUUGCUAGAGCUCCUUCAUGAUCUGUGUUGUUUGGGUCUGUUGAAGGUGAAAGUUGAGGAGAGAUCUAGACAUGAGAAAAUAUGUUGGUUUUAUAAAGGAAAAAGAAAUCUGUUUUCAUUUUAUCAAGACAUACAUGUUGGAAUAUAGUUCUUUAAUAUCUAAGAUAUUUAUAAAAGACAUAAUUCAGUUGGCUGGUGUUUGGCUUGUCCCAUGAGGCAAUAAUCCCUCCUUAUAAACUAAAGAACAGAUAUCUUGCAGUGCACUGGGAACACAGGAAUACUUGAAUUUAUGAUUUAACUAAGCUGGGGGAUGCAUCAUCUCUGGUACUCUGCUCAUAUUAAUAUGAGGGUAGCUGAUUAGAACGAAGUCAGGGAGAGUACUCAAAAAUGUGAAGGAGGAGUUUCAAUAUUUCUAGUAUUUCUCUUAACCUUACAGGUGCUGAAACUGCACUGUGAACAGUAUUUUGGGGAAGAGAAAAGGCAAAUUACUUUGAUUUUGUUAAAAACAACCAUUGGUGUUUUGAAGAGUCCCAUUUCUAAUGGCCAUUCCCUACCACGUGUCCUGCAGCAGCCUAACCAUGUAACCUGAUUAAUUUGCACUCAAGUCUGAAUGCCACGAGCAGUUCAGCAUAGCAGGCACUGUAUAAUUUCCAGUCCCAGAAGAUGUACCUUCAUUUCCAGAGGCUCUGCCUCUGUUAAACCAAGGACGGGUUAUUCAGGAUCGUGACAUCAAAGACCUUUACCAUAAGUUCCCCCCAAAUGUCCUACUUUUAGGAUCUGCCUGAGCUUCCGGGGCACAGGUACUGGUGUUGGCACGCGGUCUUUUUUCAAACAGCUGCAGGCUUUGAGCGGGUGUAAUGGCACGUCCUGCCGAAAUCCCAUGGAGCAGCUGUUCCCAGAGGGCCGCCGAGAUAACCGCCUGGCUUUGAUGGCCCGGCCGGCAUCAAACCUCUCCGUGGUACACCGGGACGGAAAGCGUUUUUCAAAGGUUUGCUGGGAUUGUUAUGAUGACUGUGUACAUGAAAACAAAGAGGUUAAAGAUGCAGUUCCUGUUUGGAGGAGACUGGGAGGGGAGCACUGCGUUUUCUCUGGCUGGGACAAAUGCACGCUCAUGUGCAUAAACAGACACGCACACACACAGGCAUGGCUACUUGGUGGAGCACGCUUCAAAAGAGAAAUAUCCUGGUCCUGUACACACACUGUGGGAUACUCCAUGCAAUAAAGAAUUAACAUAGAGCAUAUCAGGUCUUCUGAUAAUAAAUGUAUUUAUAAUGGAA